AUGCGGUAUCCUUCUCUUGCACGGUUGCCUCGCCGUGCGCUUUCUGGCUUGGCCAGAGCUCCCGUUCGUCUCCAAUCCCAGAACUUCCUGUCGCAGCGAUGCGCGUCCACGGCCGCUCUCCGUUCUGCCUCCGCCGUUGCUCCGGCUUGUCAGUCUGCUCUUCACAGACAAUUCCAACAGCGGAGGUACGCUUCGGCGACCGCUUCUGCCGUUCUUGAGGCUGCCGCGUCCUCCCCCGACAACCUCACUCAGGAGGCCAUCAUCGACAACCUCGACCCUGUCGAAGCCGAACGUCUGUCCCGGGUUCGCAACAUCGGUAUUGCUGCGCAUAUCGACAGCGGUAAGACGACAUGUACUGAACGUGUCCUCUUCUACACCGGUCGUAUCAAGGCCAUCCACGAGGUCCGCGGUGGAGACAAGGUCGGUGCGAAGAUGGACUCCAUGGAUCUGGAGCGUGAGAAGGGUAUUACAAUCCAGUCUGCAGCAACCUUCUGUGACUGGGUGAAGAAGGACAAGGAGGGCAAGGAGCACAAGUACCACAUCAACCUGAUCGAUACACCGGGACACAUUGACUUCACCAUCGAAGUCGAGAGAGCUCUGCGAGUUCUGGAUGGUGCCGUCAUGAUUCUCUGUGCCGUGUCUGGUGUGCAGUCCCAGACCAUGACUGUCGAUCGUCAGAUGAGACGUUACAACGUGCCCAGAAUCUCCUUCAUCAACAAAAUGGAUCGGAUGGGUGCCAAUCCCUUCAAGGCGAUUGACCAGAUCAACACCAAGCUGAAGAUCCCGGCCGCUGCGGUCCAAGUGCCUAUCGGCGCGGAAGACGAAUUCGAAGGUGUGGUUGACUUGCUCCGGAUGAAGGCGAUCUACAACGUCGGACCCAGUGGUGAAGAGCUCCGCGAGACCGACGAGAUCCCUGAAAAGGUCAAGGCUGUGGCUGAGGAGCGGAGGAACAUGCUGAUCGAGACUCUCGCUGACGUCGAUGACGAGAUCGCCGAGCUGUUCCUGAGCGAGACCGAGCCUACCGAGCAGCAGCUGAGAGAUGCCAUCCGCCGCGCCACCAUUGGUCUCAAGUUCACCCCCGUCUUCAUGGGUUCGGCGCUCGCCAACAAGUCCGUCCAGCCCAUGCUUGACGGUGUCAUUGAUUAUCUUCCCAACCCCUCCGAGGUGCAGAACCUGGCCCUCGACAAGAAGCGUGACGAGGCUUCUGUGAAGCUGGUCCCUUACAAUUCUCUGCCCUUGGUCGGCCUUGCGUUCAAGCUGGAAGAAAGCAACUUCGGACAGCUGACCUAUAUCCGUGUGUACCAAGGAACCCUUCGCAAGGGCGCCAAUGUUUUCAACGCCCGCAACGACAAGAAGGUGAAAAUCCCCCGUAUCGUCCGUAUGCACUCCAAUGAGAUGGAAGAAGUGUCCGAGAUUGGCGCUGGUGAGAUCUGUGCGGUCUUUGGUGUUGACUGUGCCUCCGGUGAUACCUUCACUGAUGGCCAGCUCGGCUACACCAUGUCGUCGAUGUUCGUUCCUGAGCCGGUCAUUUCGCUCUCCAUCAAGCCCAAGAACAACAAGGAUGCCGCCAAGUUCUCCAAGGCCAUGGCCCGGUUCCAGCGCGAAGAUCCCACUUUCCGUGUGACGUUUGACGCCGAGAGUGAACAGACCCUCAUCUCCGGCAUGGGUGAAUUGCACCUGGAUAUCUACAUCGAGCGUAUGCGCCGUGAGUACAACGUGGACUGUGAGACCGGUCCUCCUCAGGUCGCAUACCGUGAGACGAUUGGUAACCACGUUGAGUUCGAUCACCUGCUCAAGAAGCAGUCGGGAGGUCCUGGAGACUACGCCCGCGUGGUCGGCUACAUGGAGCCCACCGAGAAGCUGGAGGAGAACGUGUUCGAGGAGCAGAUUGUCGGAGGCAGUAUCUCCGAGAAGUUCCUGUUUGCUUGUGAAAAGGGAUUCCAUCUUGCUUGCGAGAAGGGUCCUCUGAUCGGCCAUAAGGUUCUGGGUACCAAGAUGCUGAUCAACGACGGUGCCACCCACAUGACGGAUUCGUCCGAAAUGUCGUUCAAGAAUGCGACCCAACAGGCUUUCCGGAAGGCUUUCAUGGAGAGCAACCCCUCUGUGCUUGAGCCGAUGAUGAAAACUGUUGUCACGGCGCCGGCCGAGUUCCAGGGUGAUGUGAUUGCUCUGUUGAACAAGCGCAACGCCACGAUCAACGACUCGGACGUUGGGGUGGAUGAGGUCACCGUCUACGCCGACUGCAGUCUGAACGGCAUGUUUGGUUUCAGUAGCCAUCUGCGUGCUGCCACCCAGGGUAAGGGUGAAUACACGAUGGAGUUUAGCCACUAUGAGAAGGCCACGCCUCAACUACAGAAGGAACUUAUUGCGAAAUACCAGAAGGCCCAGGCCGACCGACACAAGAAAUAG